GGGAGGUAACAGUGAUAGCGGCGGGUAUCCCUCAACUCUGCUCGAAGGCAAUUGUCGGAAGCGACUAAGCUCAAAGAUUCGAAUGCCCCUAGGGUCUCAUAUGAAGCGCCCUAGAUUCACGAUCCCUAUGUCCGCGCGAGUCCUGCCGAGUUCUCCGUGUUGGUUGGAACAUGAUGGGAGGAAGAGAUGCCUUUUCCGUCUGUUUGUCAACGUCACGGCGACAGCCGACUCGAACACGCCAGCCCUACCACAUCUUCCAGCUCCGCCCUGCAAAGGCCGCGAGAAACGCAGUUGUCAACUUCACGCUGCUUUACUGUUGCAGUAGCAUCUCUCUUCUCUCAUACGUUUCAUCUCCUUCGGCGUCUUAAUUAUCCCGAAUCGAGAACAACCCCUAAUGUUGUCUAUUUUUUUUUUUUUUUUUUUUUUUUUUUUUUUUUAAAAGACCAGAAGUCUCCUAUACCGAUUGAUUUCUUGCCGUUCCGCGUGCUUAGGCGGUCUUUCUGGCCCGAAAGAGAGUGGAAUAAUGACACCGAUAUCAGCUUGAAAAGUGAGGUUAUUCAGAAAGGUAGUUAUAGGUUGAUUGUUGGUUGUUACUAACAAUUUUGUUUUCCAGCCAACUCUGCUAGGUGUCGCAUACCUGAUAUGCGUUCCUUGAAGGGCAGUUUUGUAAUGAUAAUUGGCUCUAGUAAUUCAGGAGGAAGGGAGAAAAGACUGUCAAAAGGGGGGUUGACACAUCAUGCGAACUACAAAUCUGACGGAGAUAAGGGUUGGGGCGCGGGGUAGGUACCUU